AUGAACUCUCUUCGUCGCCAAUCCGCCCGCCUAUAUUCCACAAUGUCUGCUUCAUACCCCACCUCAUCGCCAUUUACGCAGGCAGUGGUGAGCUCCAUGAGGAAGCUCUACCCCGAGUCAUUGGCAGAUAAGAGCUGGGACAACACCGGCCUCCUACUCGAAGCCCCCUUCGACCACACCCGCCGACAGAAAAACUCCGUUCUCCUAGCAAUUGACCUCACCAAAGCAGUUGCAGACGAAGCAAUUGCCCGUCGCGACUCCGUAGUCGUAGCCUACCGUGCGCAAUGCCCCCCCAAAACACCUACACACCAUCACCGACUAACACAAGUAACAUAUCCAGACCCUAUCAUCUUCCGCGGCCUCAAAUCCAUCACCUUCAACGAUCCCCAACAAUCAUCCCUCCUCCGUCUCGCCCAAGAAGGCAUUAGCGUCUACUCCCCGCACACAGCCAUCGACGCCACCCCCGGCGGCAUGGCCGACUGGCUCUGCGACAUCGUCACCGGCGCCAUCGCCCCAACCACCAGCAGAAAACCCACCAUCCAGAAAUCCUCCUCAACACACUACUCCCACGCUACCUUCCCCGACCCCCAGCCCGCAUCCCCCGCGACUCCCGUCCCCCACGUCCGCAACACAAUCAUCCCCUCUCCGCCCCCAGUCCCUGAAGGCAUGGACUCAGCCGGCAUGGGCCGCAUCGUCACCUUCGACGAGCCCCAGCCUCUCACUGCCGUCGUGGACCGCAUCGCCCAGGGCGUCGGAUACCCCGGCGGUAUUCCCAUCGCUAUUCCGCAGACCUCCUCGGUCGAGGACAUCAAGAUCCGCACUGUGGGUGUAUGUCCCGGCUCCGGAUCAAGUAUCUUGUUGAAGGGCACGGGCGGGAAGAUCCCUGAUUUGCUUUUCACAGGCGAGUUGAGUCACCAUGAGGCGUUGGCGGCGGUGGAGCGUGGGUCGGUUGUGGUUGCGCUGGCGCAUUCGAAUACGGAGCGUGGGUAUCUGCGUGCGGUGAUGAGGGAGAAGUUGGCGGGUGCGGUGAAGGAGGAGUGGGAGGCGAAGAGGAAGGAGGGUUUGGAGGGUGGUGGUGCUGCUGGUGCGGAGCUGAAGGAGGUGUUUGAGGAUGCGGAGUGCGUAGUGGAUGUUAGUGAGAAGGAUCGUGAUCCGUAUGGUAUUAUGAUUCGUCAGGCGUAG